UCUGCAACAGCCUGGCAACUCUACGAUUUUGCAUAGACCUAAAAUCAGGUGUGAGAAUUGUCAGUGUCAGAAAUGCAGGCGUGCAAUUUUCUUAAACGAGUUGUUAACUCUACGAAACCAAACGUACGCUCUUUUUCCAGAACACUUGGAGCCAUGGUCAAGGUUGGAGAUAAAUUGCCAUCUGUGGACUUGUUUGAGGAUUCGCCUGCUAAUAAGAUAAACACCUCGGAGCUGACAAAUGGCAAGAAAGUGAUAUUCUUUGGUGUUCCUGGUGCAUUCACCCCAGGCUGCUCAAAGACCCAUUUACCGGGCUACGUAACUUCCGCAGACUCACUUAAGGCUGAGCAGGGCGUAGAUGAAAUCGUUUGUGUCUCCGUUAAUGAUCCGUUUGUGAUGUCCGCUUGGGGAAAGCAGCACGGAGCAGCUGGUAAAGUGCGUCUGCUGGCUGAUCCGGCUGGUGCCUUCGCAUCGGCAUUGGAUGUGACCAUUGAUCUGCCACCGCUGGGCGGUGUGCGCUCCAAGCGCUACUCCAUGGUCGUACAGAAUGGCGAGGUUAAGGAAUUGAACGUGGAGCCUGAUGGUACCGGUUUAAGCUGCUCGCUGGCCAACAAUAUUGGCAAGAAGUAGAUGCCAAUAACGCAUAUCUCUAAAUAUUUGCUUGUAGGGAACGAAUCAAGUAAUCAUUAGUGCCGUGGCUAAACGCCAAUAUAUCGCAAUUUCAAUUAUACUUAUAUUGGAACAGAACUAUGUAGAAAAUACACAAUAUGCGAUUAGAAAAAA